CAAAUCACACCACUGAACGCCGUUUCCGUCGAAGCAGAGCAGUUUGAGCGGAGGAUCACUUAAGUAGAAACACAUAAAAGCACUUUGUGAUUUUAUUUAUAGAUUAAAAGAGUUGUCGAGAUGGAAGACGUGAUGCGAUUGGUUUCGACGGGUGACUGUGUGAAAAUAUGGGAUGCGGUUUCUAUGGCAACACUGGAGCAGUUCAACCCCCACAGCAGCAGCCAUCCCAUCGCUCAGGCCUGCUGGAGCUCCAACAAUCAGUACUUGGUCAGCGCCAGUAGCAUUGGGGACAAACUGGUUGUGUCAAGCCUCAAAUCAUCUCCUGUCCCAGUGGUGGAGCUUGCAGAAGGGAAAAAGCAGACUCGGGUGUGUCUUAGCUCGUCCUCACAGUUUGUGGUGAGUGGAGGGCUGGACUGCUGCAUUCAUAUCUGGGAUCUGAAAACCAAACGGCUGCAUCGCACACUGGAGGAUCAUAAAGAGGAGGUGACUUGUGUUUCAUUUAAUGCCAAUGACAGCCACAUUGCAUCCGGCUCGACCAGUGGUGACCUAAUCCUGCAUAGCCUCAUCACGAAUGUCUCCAGCAAACCAUUUGGCCAUGGCAGCAACCAGCCCAUCCAUGACCUGCGGCUGUCCAUGCUGAGGCGCUCGUUGCUAGGCAGUGUGUCCGACAGCGGCGCGGUGGUUCUGUGGGACUCCAACACUCAGAAGGAGAUCCAUGUUUUUGAAAGUGCUCACAAGGCUCCAGGCUCGGGACUGUCCUUCUCUCCGGCCUCUGAGCUGGUGGUCAGUGUGGGCCUGGACAAGAAGAUCGUCUGUUAUGACACAGCCAGUAAAAUUGUGGUGCGUUCCAUUCGGGUGGACAGUCCCCUCACAGCUGUGGACUUCACUUUAGAUGGGACCGGUUUAGUUGUGGGAUCUACUCAAGGAAAGAUCUAUCAGUAUGACCUGAGGAACUCUAGUGCUCCCACCAAGGUCACAGCGGCACACAAGACCUCCGUCACCAGCCUGCGUUUUCAGAGUGGCGUCAGACAAAAGUCGAGUAAAACCAGCUCAGCUAAGGUGAGCAGCAGUAAAAAGUCCUCCUCCAAACUGUCGAGCAGCAAUCACCCAGAGCCCUCCCCACAGAGAGAGCUCACCACAGUAGGUGGCGCUGCAAAGGACCCCAUAUCCAGAGAAGCAGAAGGACAACAGACUCCACAGUCGUUGCCUGUCACAGAAAUGUUCAAUAACAUUGGUAGAAACAGUCUGGACAUUUUCUCUCCAGCUCGAGAAGAUUCUCGGACUCUGGGAGUAAAUGGAGACACACCUCUUGGAAGGACCAAUGUGACCAAUUUUGAGAUGCUUUCCAAAGAAGGCGAGGGCCAGAAGGUCAGGGGCCGGGCGAGUUUGGACAUCUUCUCCCCAGUGCGAGAAGAUCUGCAUUCUGGCUCCAACUCAUUUCGUAAAACCCCUUUGGGAACGCCCGUGGGCUCAUCACAGGUCGGGACCCCUCUGAUGGCAUCAGCUGGUCGGUACAACCCUCUGCACAACACCUUCAUGACGCCUCCCCCUAUCAAAGAAGAGGAACUGACCCAUAAUGCACCUGACCUCAAAGAAUCCAAGAAGUUUGACAAAGGCAGUGCUUCGAGUUUAGAGACAGAAGCUCAGACCACACCCACUUCCUUGACGCAACCGACCAAUCACAGCGAACAGCCAAAGUCCACCUUUUUCACCCCGGAGGCCAAUUGGAGGAGGGGGGACAGCGUUCAGACUCAACUCACCUAUGGCUCACCUGUCCAACCAGAAACUCAAACCACAACCACAGCUGCUGCAGCAGGCCCUGCUCUGUCUGCUGCCAUGUCUUCAACUUUGACCCAAAACAUUGCAGAAACGGCAAGUCAAAAUGGUGCUCCAUUCACUUCACUUCAAAUGCACUUUAUUCAAAAUAUGAUCCAUGAGACACUGGAGGACUUCAGAGACGCAUGCCACAAAGAUAUCAUCAACCUUCAAGUCGAGAUGGUUCGUCAGUUUUGUAUCCAACUGAAUGAAAUCCACAAUUUGAUUGAGAACUACUCUGUGAAUGAGGCUUUGGUUGAAGAGGUUCAAAAACUCAAGGAAGAAAACCAGAAACUGCGUUCCAAUUACUGAGCAAGAAUUACUGUACAAUCCUGAACCAUCAAACUGGAACAGUAGACACAAGAGACUGCUCUAACAAAACUGCCUAAUCUUCAACUACAUGUUGAGAGAACAAAAACAUUUGAUAGAAUUCGUAAAGGGUCAUAUUUCUAGUGGUUAUUCAACUAUUGUGUGCUGCACUGGUGAUUAAGGGGGUUGUACUGUUCCCUUACAAUGAAUAUUACUGUAGCUCCUUUACAGCUGCCAUUGCCUUAAGUGCCUACUGUUAUUUUUACAGGGCUUUUAAACACAAUUGUGAGCUUAUGAAUUUACUGAAAUGAGACUGAAAGGUUUGAGGAAAUGGUUUGCACUUUUGGAGAAACACUGUGUGAUUGUUGUUUUGAAUAGCUGUAUCAUGUACUUAUUAUGUAAUUAUUUGUGUAAUAAAAAGAAAUGACAAAUGUUGA